UGUGGGAGAGGUUUAAACCUGAGGGCAGGGCAGCAGCAGUUGUUCAGGCUGUAACGCUCUCUGUGUCUCUCCACACUGAAUCAAGCAGUUCCCCCGACCGCUUUUCUGAAUUCGGCUAUGACACACGGCAAAUUAUGCAGCAUUUCAGAAGCAGCGGCGUUCCCCAUCGUCGUGUUUCCCUCUCACCUCAAUCUCGCCUUGAAAAUAUCUCCUGCAUUUAGCUGAACCGCGGACUGCAACCGAGCGCUAACUGGGUUCUGCUUUCGGCUAGAUUGCACAACUGGCUUUAGCCGGACCGGUUCCAUUUUACACUCUACGUGUUGGCGGUGUGAAAGAAAAAAAAAGAUCACCCAGUAGACCAUGGGAAUCAUUUUCACAAAGUUAUGGAGGCUUUUUAACCACCAAGAGCAUAAAGUCAUCAUUGUUGGACUGGACAAUGCAGGAAAGACAACAAUCCUUUAUCAAUUUUCUAUGAAUGAAGUAGUUCACACUUCACCCACGAUAGGCAGCAAUGUAGAGGAGAUUGUGGUGAACAACACUCACUUCCUCAUGUGGGAUAUCGGAGGCCAGGAAUCUCUGCGUUCUUCAUGGAACACCUAUUACACUAACACUGAGUUUGUUAUAGUUGUGGUGGACAGCACAGAUAGAGAGCGUAUCUCUGUGACCAGAGAAGAGCUCUACAGAAUGCUAGCUCAUGAGGACCUUAAAAAGGCUGGUUUGUUGGUAUUUGCCAACAAGCAGGAUGUAAAGGGUUGUAUGACAGUAGCCGAAAUCUCACAGAGCCUACAGCUUACUUCUGUUAAGGACCACCAGUGGCACAUCCAGGCCUGCUGUGCUCUCACAGGGGAGGGACUGUGUCAGGGCCUGGAGUGGAUGAUGUCACGGCUGCGAGUGAGAUGACUCCUGACCGUAGCAAACGGUGCACGCUCUUUUUCCUCCACGUGUGGAGGCCAACUGUCGCUCACUGUGAAGGUGGCUUUGGAGAGGUCUCCUGGACUUGUGUGAUUAAUUUAUUACAGCUCAUGGAGCACUGUGAACACAAAUCUUCAACUAACUUUUCAAAGGGUUCAGGAUCUGCAAAACCACAAAAACUUCUGCCCAGUUCCUCUUUAAAGAGUCUUACAUGAACAAUAUGCAGGACUGAGCGCAUGUGUAUCUGAGCGAGGCUCUGCAUGGAGUGACUUUGCAGUGUUGUCUGACUGCCUGACAUAGUAUUGCCCAGUGUGUUCAGUCCAGUAUUUACCUUGAGCCUGUGUCUGAACCUCUCGGAGACCAGGGCAUCAAAAUCAAGACUAAAAACACCAUGAAAGGGAAGACUUCACUUUAUGUAAGAAAAGUAAAUAAAUAAAGUGUUUUUACCCAAGAA